CUGCAAGUUUAGGGACCGGGAUGACACAAUCGAACAAGUUUGAGGACCUGAACAGUCGAUUUGUGAGUUUAGGGACCGGGAUAACACAGCGGUACAAGUUUAGGGACCGGUGAUGGACUUUACUCUAUUAUUAUCAUUAGUUGGUACUGAAUGUAUGUCUAUGUAAUUUGUAUAUGUUCAUAUUUAUUUAACUUUUAUGUAUCGUUGUCACCUUAUUAUCAUCGGGAUUUAAAUUUCAAUCUCCAUAAAUAUUACGCACACACAAAUGUGUAUAGUGAUGGAUGCGCGCACAUGCGUUCUGUAUAAAAAAAAUCUAUUAGACGUAUUAACUCAGUAUUGUCUUUUGAAAAUUACAUGAGUGAUAACCGAUUAAUCACUCUUUAACUAAGUAAUAUCAGCACUUAAUACCAAAUUCUUUUUUUUUACUGUCUAGUACUACCUCCGUUUCAGUUAUAAGACUUUAUAGCAUUACCCACAAUCAUAUAUAUGUUAAUGAAUCUAGGCAUACACAUAUGUCUAGAUUCAUUAAUAUAUAUAUAUAUAUAUAUGAAACGGAGGAAGUAGCAAAUAUUUGCUCAAAAUUACAACUAUUCAAUUAACGGUCAUCUCGAAAGUAGAAUUUGUGAAGAACUCUAGUGCACGUCCAUUACAUAGCUACUGCAGAAAAAAAUGUUAAUAUUAGUUCACCAUAUUUUCUUCGAUAUAAUAAUACUACACGUACGAAAAAAAAUAUUAACAUGGGAAACACACACGUUUCUGGCCCACCCCAUGCCAUUUACGCUUAGGCCCUUCACAGUGUGUUUGCGUGGUGAGUUUCUUUGUGCCGCCAGCUCAAAUGAAUGCCUACGUGGCGAGUAAUUGCGCAUCCCUGCAGAGCAUCUCACCUCCACGCAGGGAGAUGAGUUUUCUCGCUCUUCGUGAGUCCACACAUGGCCCACAAACGAAUCGUGCCUGCGUUGUUGGGGUCGAGCCUCCAUCUCGUCGUCUCCUCGCGCCACAUCGAAAAACCUAUUCCCAAAAUCACCCUCCCGGCCAUGGAUUGAUCCCUCCCAUGCCACCGAUUCCGUCACUCCCGCACAAACCUCGCCAUCCCCUUCGGAGAAACGCACGGAGGCCAACGGAGCACCGUCGAUGUGAGGUGGAUCCUCGACUUCGCCGCUGGCGGGCUAGAUGAUGACGACGACUUCCUCUUCCACGCCACGGAGGAGUUGGAGUGGAGCCACUACAAGGCCAAGCGUCGCGCUUCUGCCUCACCGCCGCCGCCAUGAGGCGGAUCCUCAACUUCGUCGCCGGUGGGCUGGAUGACGAUGACAACUUCCUCAUCCACACAGCGGAGGAAACGGAGUGGAGCCACUAUGAGGCCAAGCGUCGCACUUUCAUCCUGCCACCUCCGCCGUGAGGUGGAUCCUUGACUUCGCCAUCGACGGGCUGGACAACGACGGCAACUUCCUCUUCCACGCCCAGGAGACAGAGCGGAGCCAUGUGCGGAUGACGAGGAAGACGACGACGACUUCCUCUUCUUCGAGAAGUGGUGCAUUUGCGGCCGUGACGCCUGGUUGAGAGAGGCGAUGGCGAUAGGGAGGAGAGAGGCGAAGGAGAGGGAGCUCAGGCGGUGGGCAACAGGUUGAGGGAGGCGAUGCCGAUAGGGAAGAGAGAGGAGAAGGGUAGCUGGGGGAAUUAAUUUAUUGGGCUGGGGCACCUUCAUUGUCUUGGUCACCUGUAUUGUGAGCUUUGUAGUCUCGACACUAGCUCGCCCCAAUCAAAGCCAUGCAAAAGAAGUAACAUGCACUGUGGAGUUGAAUGGCCUUGGGCUGAUUUCGUGUGUCACAUAGGCUAGAGACACGCAUAGCGUGGCUUGCAUAGUUAUUGCUUAAAGGCAAGGUCUGUGGCUUCGCAGUUGCAAUCCUUUACUAUGUGCACGCCACCUACUUACCCUAAUCCCCUUAGCCCAUAUGCAUAUACUAUCUCCGUCUCUAAAUGAAGCUAUUUUUAGCACAGUGUCUUGUCUCAAAAUAAAGCUAUUUCUCCACCUACCUCCUAUCAACUAAUCACAACCAUUCUUCUUCAGCUGCUUUCUCUUUUCAACCAAUUAUGUAUUUUCUCCAAUUAUUCUCACGGUCUCAUCUACCUUCUUAAUACUCGUGUCAACCUAUAAAAUGUAUAUAUAUUUUGGGACGGGCGAAGUAUAAGGAAAGAAAAAUCUCCGUACGCUGUUGUCUGGUGACGAUCUCCAGUUAUCCACUGUAUAUAUAAAAGGAAAGUGAAGGAUGAGCUCCACCAUUCGGCAGCCUCAUCAUCAUGCGUCUUCUUGCUCGACAAGCACCUUAAUUAGAUCGUAAUCCCUCCAUUAAAAAAAAAAGGAGGGCAACCUAGGAGGGGUGUGACCCCUCCCCAACGAAUCUACACAAAUUGGUUUUUUUUAGGGAGGGAAUAGUUAUUAGUAGUCACAUCUGCCCAAAAAAAACUAUUUUUGAAAGACCUGAAUUUACAAAGAAAAACUCUGCAGCAAAUGAUUUCACAAUUGGAUCACAGAGAGAGAGAAUCUUGAGCUUUAUCCACUUGAGGAGAAAUGCACGGCGAAGUGCAGGGCAGCGACCAUCUCGUUGACGCUGGUAUAUAUUUUGGUACACCUACCAUUUUACACGCGGCACGUCCCACAAUCUCCGCCCUCCGUCUCAUGCGAGGCAAGGCCGCAGCUCCCCGCUCCAUCUAGGCCGUCCGUACAUACACGUGUCGGCCGAUCGUGCCACUCCGGACUUUCUCUCUCCCUCCUCUCCCCCGCUGGGUCAGGCUCCUCUACCUUCAAAAGGUCGGUAUGUAUAUGCCUUAGUCACUGACAUGUGGUCCCGACGAACCAUGGACCCACCUGUCAGUGACUAAAGGCAAGGUGCUUCGGAGGCGGCGGAGAGAGAUGAUCUCAAUCCCUCCGCGCUGCGCUGCGAUUAAAGCGGACGAGACGUGGCCACCUUCCUUCAUUCUCCUAGAAGCCAUCGCCUCGUCUCUCCGCUUCUCGCAAGCAAAACCCACAUCGCCCAUUCGCCCCCAUCCCAUUCUGCUCGCCGUGCUCGCUGAGCUCCAUGGAGAAGAAGGAUAAGGGAAGGCACCGCGGCCGCGACGGCGGAGGCGGAGGCGGCGGCGGCGGUGGUGGUGGUGGUGGUGGUGUGGAUCCCGCCGGUGGAGGGAGCGGAGGAGGAGGGCCGGGAAUGGGGCGGCGCGGGAGCGAUGCGCGUGGCCAGCAGGCGGAGGCGGCGGCCGCGGCAAUCAGCGGCAUCGCCACCCGCCUUGGCUUCGGGUGCACCAUCAAUGUCGGCGGCGGGAUGCCACCGCAGAUGGAGUUCCUGAUGGCGUGUACGGACGGCGACGUCGCGCGCCUCAAGGAGGUGGUUGAUAGCAUGGAUGAGGAUGAUCGGCAAUCGCUCACCUCUGUGAGGAUGGAGGGGUAUGAGCCACUGUUUGAGGCAGCAAGCUCGGGAAAAAUUGAUCUCUGCAAGUACUUGGUGGAGGAGCUUGGGUUCGAUGUCAAUGCCGAAGCUAAUCAUGAUUCCGGUAUGACACCUUUGUUUUGCGCUGUGUUGGAUGGACAAGAGAUUACUGUGAAGUAUUUUCUUGACAAAGGUGCUGAUCCGAAUAAGAAAGAUGCAGCAGGCUUUGCUCCUCUUCAUGAAGCUGCAAAAAAAGGGCACGUUGGAAUAGCACGACUGUUGUUAUCUAAAGGAGCUAGUGUUGAUGUAUCUUCUUCUGAAGGGACACCUCUUCAUGUUGCUGCCUCUAAUGGAAAAUCUAGCACUGUGCAGAUUUUAUUAGAGCACCGCGCAAAUCCAAACGUGAUAUUACCAGAUUGUUAUACACCAUUGACCGCAGUUCUUUCUGCCACUCCUGAAAUAGUGAAUGAAUCUGAGUGUUUGAAGUGCAUGAAACUCCUUGUGAAGGCUGGUGCUAUUUAUAAUCUUGCAACUCCUGAUACUCCAUUGAAGAUAGCAACUAGAAAUGGCUUAACUGAGUGUGUUGCAUACUUGCUGGAGAUCACCACAGUUAAACUAAGUGAACAUGACAAAGGAAGUGAUGGAGACAGAAAAUCUAAGCUGAAAUUACAUGGUGGAAAAGCAUUUGAGGAGGGGGACUAUGCUGGUGCAAUCAUAUUUUACACCGAGGCAAUGAAACUUGAUCCUGCAGAUGCCACACUGUAUUCAAACAGGAGCCUUUGCCAUCUGAGAAGUGGUGCAGCGCAGGAGGCUUUGCUGGAUGCUAAUGAUUGCAUAAAACUCAAGCCAGAGUGGACUAAAGGUCACUAUCGCAAAGGAUGUGCCCACAUGGCACUCAAGGAAUACGAAGAAGCUUGUACUGCAUUCAUGGCUGGAACAAAGCUCAAUCCUUUAAACGAUGAAAUGCAGGAUGCAUUUUGGGAGGCAGCUAAAGGAAUGAUGUAUGAACAUAUGGCUGGAAAGCGCGUCAGCUCGGUUGAUUAGAGGUCAUCGGCGUGUUCGUGCUCUGUUCUGUUUCUUUUGGACCCGAAUGUCAGCUUGGAUGGUUUAAUUUCGUGUUAGUACUUGUGUCUAUAUGAUGUUUCUCGUUGGUUAAGGACACAGCGAAUUGGUGGUGGAACAAGGGCUCGAUUCCGCGUGGAACCGAUGUUUUCACAUAACAUUUCUUGAAACUGUACUUAACGUUACCUGUUUGCAUGAGCGUGUUCUUUGAUGAUUGUA